GUAAAAUCAUUCAUUCCUUCUCCAUGAGGUGAAGAAUAAAAGAUUAAAAAUUGAAACUACUCAAAAAUUCUCUUAGAAAAUAUCUCAGUCAGGAUCAUGAAAUCAUCAACAAGAAAAUUCCAACAUUUCACAAAAACGCCUAUUUCAACCAAACUAUUGGACUACGUUACAAAACCAACACAAAACAAGAAAUUUUCAACCCCCAUAAAUGAGCCCCAUUUAGUUUCAUCAACCAAUACCAACAUCUUCAAUUUCUCAUCUGUACCUGCAAAAAUCACUACUUCCAAGAAACUAACCAAACCCUUUUCUAACACUCGUCAAAUUUCUUCUCAAAAGUUGAAUUUCUCAUCUGUACCGGAAAACCCAUCUCGAAAAAUGAAUUCUUCAACAGAAGAGCAAGUGAUUCCUGUAGUUUCGACAUUAUCAUCUCCAUUUGAAGUAGAUGCAGGUUCUUUGUCAAGAAAACCAAUUAGUUUAUGGCCAGGUACAUAUACUUCACCUGUUACAAAUGCUUUAUGGGAAGCAAGGUCUAGUAUUUUUGAGAGACUGUUAGAUCCAGAUGCUGCAAAUAAUGCUCCACCACAGAGUGAAUUGCUUACUAAAACACCUUCUGAGAGUCGAACUAGUAUUGUCUAUAACUUCUCUAAUGAUUAUAUACUUAGAGAACAGUAUAGAGAUCCUUGGAAUGGUGUUAGGAUUGGUAAAUUACUUGAAGAUCUUGAUGCCCUUGCUGGUACUAUCUCUGUUAAGCACUGCUCCGACGAAGAUAGCACGACAAGACCUCUCUUGUUGGUCACUGCUUCUGUUGACAAGAUGGUCUUAAGGAAGCCUCUCCGCGUCGAUGCUGAUUUGAGAAUAGCUGGGGCUGUCACAUGGGUUGGGCGUUCAUCCAUUGAGAUACAGUUAGAAGUGACUCAGCCCUCACAAGACAGUUCUCGGGCUUCAGAGGACGUAGCACUUACUGCUAACUUCACAUUCGUAGCUCGCGACUCUAAGACAAACAAGUCUGCUCCUGUGAACCGGGUUUUACCUGAAUCUGAACAAGAAAAGAUGCUUUGGGAGGAAGCUGAAGCCAGAGAUAAAACGAGGAAGAGGAAGAGAGGAGAGAAAAAAAUAGAUAUUGAAAACGGGGAGGAUAAGAGACUUAAGGCUUUGUUGGCUGAAGGAAGGAUCUUCUGUGACAUGCCAGCAUUAGCAAACAGAGAUAGCAUUCUUCUAAAGGAUACAUGCCUGGAGUACUCUUUAAUUUGCCAACCCCAACAGCGAAACAUCCAUGGGAGGAUCUUUGGAGGAUUUUUGAUGCAUCGGGCAUUUGAGUUGGCUUAUUCAACAGCUUAUGCUUUUGCUGGCCUGGUUCCAUGUUUCCUCGAAGUUGAUCAUGUGGAUUUCUUACGACCUGUGGAUGUUGGGGACUUCUUGCGCUUCAAAUCAUGUGUUUUGUACACCGAACUCGACAACCCUCUGCAGCCUCUUAUUAAUAUUGAAGUUGUAGCUCAUGUUACAAGGCCUGAACUCAGGACUAGUGAGGUCUCAAACACAUUCCAUUUCACAUUCAGUGUUCGCAAUCCGGAGACAUUGAAAAAUGGGUCGAGUAUUCGAAGUGUUGUCCCUGCAACAGAGGAGGAAGCACGACGAAUCCUCGAACGCAUGGAUGCUGACAAGUCAUAAGUGCCUCUGAUGAACUAUCUAUAAGCUCUGAUUAUAUAGGAAAAUUCGGAACUCUGUCUCUCUGGUUAACUAUAAAUUAGAACUGUUAAUAAAAGUUCAGAAAAUGGGAUUUUAUUGAGAAGGCCGGUUUAUGGAAAUUACAGCUAGCUGUAUGUUGAAAUGUUUUAAAAGACCAUCUUAUAUCAAAAUAUAGCUUUUCAUUCUAUCACAUGAUUCACAUCUAUAGAUGAACAUUGUUUCCUCCA